AUGUCCGGGCCGUCCAAUGCAGAAGCUGAAGGAGCAGUCUCCAAAGUUAAAGUGAAAAAGGAGAUCAAGACAAUCGUGGAAAAUCUGGAAAACAUCUUGGGAGACCUGAAGGAUGUCGCCAAAGAGCUCAAAGAGGUUGUUCAUGAGAUUGACACUCUGACCGGGGACCUACAACUGGAGGAGGACGGACUGACGGACAGCUCCAAGACGGAUACGCUCAACUCCAGCUCUAGUUCUACCACCACGACCACCACCGCCUCCAGUUUGGAAAAGAUGAAACUAUUCCCCGAGGAUUGCAUUUUUAAACUGACUUCGCCGAUAACUCCUGUUGCCAUGAAUCCAUCGACUGUGUUAACGGUUUUGAAAAAGGCGCACCCACCCUUACCUCCGCCCAGACUGACUCCAUCACGGGCCGAGGAGCAUAACACCAAAAAUCUGCCUCAACCCACUUUGAUUUUAUCAGGGAAUUUGACGAAAUCCAACGGUUCUGUUUUGCGUAAUGGAGGAAUUUUUACAUCCAAAUCUAAUCGCGAUGUGUUCUCUUCUACGCCUUGUUUCAUUUCAGGAGAUAGCGGGAUUUCGGAAGCAGGGCUGGUCCCGACAUUACCAAGACCUAUGCCUUUGUUGAGACACGAAAAGAGCAAAUGUCCAAAAGCGAAGCAAAGAGAAUCACGUGAGCGGGUACGGUUCAGCGAAAAAGUUCAGUAUCACGGCUACUGUCCUGAUUGCGAUCUCCAAUACGACGUAGACGAAACUGAGCUACAUUUGCAAACAGAUCUGAAUGAUUUGAGACUCAGCCCUAUCCACUGCUGCACUUCUUCGUCACCUCCUCCUCAUCCUCACCCUCUCCCCAUGCUAGAAAAUGGCUGUCUCCCACUUAGCCAUAGCUUUCCUCCAACUACGAACGCUCCCUUACCUCAAAAACCCCAAAAAACAAUUCUACGAAAAUCAACAACUACUACAGUUUGACGCCGGACCAUGAUUUUAUGUCCAACUGAAGCAUUCCUGAAUCAUUCAUCAGUGUUUUCUACUAAAUGACGUGAUUAUCCAAACAGGAAAAAUGGUUUGGGAGAUAUU